AUGCCAUUUGAGUUCCUUUACAGCAGCCACGAACUUCUUGACGAAAACGAUUGCGCGUGGGUUUACCGCGAGGAGCUGAGCGACGACGAGAAAGAUUGCCGAUUUCAAGGUUUUUCGUACGCUCCCCGGCGUUACGUUUUCCAGCCGAAGGAGAUUCCUUCUCGUCGUUCUGUUUAUCGCAAACAAACUGAGCAGCGCGGCCGUUUCUGGGUUGAGCGACACGUUCCCCAACAAAACCCGAUCCCAGUCGAUCUUGGUCUUCAAUCUCACGGCCCUUUGUACCCCUCGAAACGUCACUUCUACGCCGAGAAGCAUGUCUACGACACUUCUUCGUCGGAAGAAGAGCGACCGCUCAAGGAGGUACCUGAAUGCCCAGACUUGAUCGGCACGGGUGUUCACAACUACACCAGCGGCGUGUACCUUCAAAACCCUACUUUCUUGAACUUUCCGCACGUCCAACACGAUGGAACAAUCCCUGGAGGCGCAGACAAGUCGUACAAGAACUUCAUCAAACAGCUCGAGUACGAACGAGACCUAGCCCAUCGCGAAUUUAAAGCGAAAAGGGAUGCGGAACACAAGAGGGUGUUUGAGAAAGAAGAAGCCCGCAUCAACAAAAAGAAACGCGCCGAAGCUCGAUACAUGACAAGAGUCGAACAAAUGCACAAUGUGGAUGAAGUGCCCCUCUGGUCCCUCGCGGUCCAAUAA